CCCACCGCGACCCCGCAGAUUCAUACUCGGGAUUCUAUUGGUGGAAUUACGAGCACGCGCUGACGUAACUGCGCGCGUCCAUGACUGUGUAUGUGGACGCGCACGUACGAGACGGGCGGCGCUGAAAGACGAGCUUUCAAAUAUAAACAUUUAUAUUUAUUUAUUAGAAUUAAUCCUCCGAUUAUUUUUAGAGGUAAAAGUGAAGGAUUUUCUCUGCAUUUCUGAAUUCCAGCCAUCACUGCACUCCAGAUUCAUCAUGGACAACUGCCCUCAACCCUGUUCGCUGUAUAACUGUAAGCGGACGUACACGAACGCAGAAGCGCUGCGAAACCACAUCAGGGAUCAUCACAGCAACCCGGCACAGUCCGUCCCAGGUAAAUCGUUCCUGUGCUCCACUAUAGGAUGUGAUGGAUCUUUCUCCAGCAUGCAGCAGCUGAUGGAUCAUAUGAGGCGUCACCACAAACCAAAUUACUUCUUCCUGUGCGAGAGCUGCAGGGCUAAACUUCGCUCCUACCGCACCCUCCUGAAACACCUGCAGACGUGCGCCAAGGUGGCCAAGGGCAAGGCCCCGAAACCAGACGCUGGUCAUCCGGGCACAGAGACGGAUCCGUCGGGGGACACCCCCCAGGAGGCGUCCGAUUCCUCCGCGCCCUUGAUCUCGGCUCUUCGGGUCCCGUCCGAGGUCGUCCAGCCUCGGAACCCGCAGGACGCCCCGUACGGUUCCUUUCCUCCCAGUCUGUCCCCGGCGCCCGAACCGGAACCUCAGCGCUCGCUCAGGUUCGGGCCGGCGGGACCGGCGUCCUACCUGCCGCACACCCCGCCUGGAUCCAACGCGGUCUGGAGGAAGAAUCAAGGCCAGUCCUUUAGCAGCCGGAUUCUAUGGGAGCACACCAGGGGGCGCUACAGCUGCCUACAGUGCGGCCACUCUACCCCCGACCGCCAGGAGAUGACGGCGCACAUCGAGGGCCAGCACAGGAGCCCCGGGGCCCGAACGAGCCACGAUGCAGAUGCAGCCGUCGCUUCACCUCCAUCCCUGAUUAACUCCACGAUGGAGGCUCAGAACCUGAAAUAUCUAGCGCUGUAGCUCCGUGUCCGAUCCAGGUUCAAUUAAAAGAGAAGGAAUCGUUCGGCAUGCUGCGUGCGGCUCGUCCCGUCCACAACCAUCGGCCCCCCCGGUGAAGAUCAGCGUGUUCCUAGAAAUUCAGCUCUCUGUGAAUCAGCUUCUUAUCACACUGAAAGAAAUAGAAAUUUUAUUAAGAUCAAUAAAUAAUAAUGUCAGACGCGCGCCUGCACAAACACGUGAUUGGCUGUGCGUCUGUAGGGGGAGGGACAAUGGCCGAAACAGUGUUCCUCAUCUCCGGGGCAGUUGCGACCUCUUCUGAUCACUCACUCGAGCGAUUCCCAUGACGUGCAGAAACUCCAGACCAGACUUUUAUUAACACGUUUGGGAUGAAUUGGAAUGUCUGAUGCAAAAAUAGAUUUCUCAUUUGUGUCUGCAAACUAGAAAAGGCCCUUUUGACUAAACGGACACAAAUUCCUACAGACGCCCGGGUGUCCACAUACUUUUGACUGUAUCCCUGAGCCACGUGUUUCUAAAUGUUUUUAGAGAUUCGGGUCAAUCUGAUUAGAAAUGAAAGAGAAUAUAAACUGUAUAAACGUGUUUCAUUAAUAAAUCAUCUCAUCUGGAUUAAAGUGCUGAUGUGUUCCAGCAUAUCUACACACACACACACACACACACACACGAGUUCCUGUUUCCUAAAUAUCCUCUCAUCUUUGCUCACUCACAGUUCCAUGCAUGAACACCGAACAUCUAAUUCCAUGUUUCAUUUCAUGUUUAUACACGAUCGUGUUUUUGUACACAAACCCUGGAGGAAUAAAAGCAGAUCAGAUCGGGCUUAGAACCGACAA